AUGAUUUAUUUGAUUUUUAGGAAUAAUAAUCCAAUAUUAAAUAAUUUGGAUGGCAUUCGUCUAGAAUUAGUAUAUGAUGUGAUAAAAGAAGCUUCAUUUACUUAUCAAAAAACUUCAUUUACAGAUCCUUUGCCUCUUGAAAAGAUAGUGCUUGUAAACUUUGUUUUCAAUAUUACCUUCGUAGUAAAUUCUGAAUGGACAUCUGGAGAUGAAGAACUCGAUGAAAUAAUUCGGUAUUUUCAGAUAAAUUAUCCUCUUGCCGGAUUUGCCGAAGUGAUUGAAUGGGUAUCUUACACAAAAUUUAAUGAUAUAGUGUUUAUAGCUCAAGGCGGAUUUGGUAACAUUUAUAUCGCUACAUGGGUCGAUGGUCCAAGAGUAUAUUGGGAUGGUUACAAACAAAGAUCUAUAAGAGAUGGACCCAGGAGUGUUGUUUUAAAAUCUAUGAAAAGUUCAAAUCAUCGUAAUGAAUUCAUUAGAGAGGUAAUGACUCACAUUGCAUUCACUAUGAAAUCUCCUGGUAUUGUUGGUUUAACUAAAAUUCCGGAACAAAAUAAUUAUAUGAUGAUAUUAGAUUAUCAAGAAGAUGGUGAUUUAAGAUCAUACUUAAAUAAUAAAGAUAUUAAAUUAACAUGGAAAGAGAGAUAUGAAGUACUUAAAGAUAUAGCAGAUUCUCUUUAUCUUAUUCAUACCAACGAAUUUAUGCAUGGAGAUCUUCAUCCUGGAAAUAUUUUUAAAAAAGGAGAACUGUAUCGAGAAUAUUACGAACAACUUGCAAAAGAUAUUAUCAUAAAUAAUCUUCGUCCUCAGAAAAUUCGUGGACUUCCUUCUGACUAUGAAGAAAUUAUUGAAAGAUGUUGGGACCCUAAUAUUUCAAAUAGGCCGAAUGCUUCAUAUCCUUAUAAAACUUUUAGAACAAGUUUAAAAAAAUUUUAUGAAGGCGAGUUAAAUAUACCAGAACCAGAUAUUGCAAAUAUUGCACUUCCUAAUAAUAUGAUCUCCAGAGUUAUAGAUACAGGUAUUUAA